AUGUUAUCAAAACAAUCAAAAAUACUACUUACUUUAGGCCUUGUUCUCUUUGCUCUAAUGAAUAAUGCUAAUUGCUAAGUAGUACAAAGCUUCCUUGAUAGAGAUAACUUUUCUAAAUACAGGAAUUUAGAAUUCCCAGCUAAGGAUUAAUUUUUAGGAACCUCCCCUCAAGGAGGCAGUCCACGUAUUGUCAUAUUUAACCCUGAUGUACAACCUUGGUGCAAGAAGGAAUGUUUAGCAUACAAUGAAAAUGGAAAAUAAGGUUAUCCUUGUGGAAGUACCAGAGUUAAAAGUUGCUGUAAUGGAGAGUAAAACUGUGUCCAAAAAGGAUAAGUCACAUCAUGUUAAGAUAAAAUUAAGGAAUUUUUCUGCUAUUUCUGA